UAAACCCAGCCGCCGGAGGUCACUCGAUCAGAUCGGCAUGGACUCCAGCAAGCGCCGCCGCGUCGAGCAGCACGACGAUGCCACCGACCGGCUGGGCGAUCUGCCGGACUGCCUCCUCCACGACAUACUCUCUCGCCUCGGGUCACGGCAGACCGUGCAGACGAGCCUCCUGUCGCGCCGGUGGAGGCACCUCUGGCGCGACGUGCUCCGCGGCAACGUCAUCGUCAACGAGUCGGAGUUCGCCGGCGAGCAGUGGGAGCGCUUCGAGGACUUCGCCGACCACGUCCUCCCGGCGUCGAUCCCGACGGAGACGCCGCAUCUCGACGCCUUUGGCCUGAACCUGGUCAGCCAGAGGGUCACCUACAGCUGCUCCGGCAGGUGGAUCCGUCGCGGGCUCCGACGUUGCCCGGCAGCCGUCGACAUCCGCACCGCCCACGACGUCACCGUCAGCUGGCAGCCGCACUGGUCCUGUUUGGACGGCUCCCGGCCGCAGCCCGACGUGUCGGCUGCUGGCUUGUGUGCUGCCGGCUUCACCCGGCGCCUGACCAAACUGCACCUCGUCGGAGUUGGCAUGUCGGCCACCUUCUUGGAGGACCUCGGCACGUACUGCCCUGUGCUCGAGGACCUCCACAUAGAGAACUUCCGGAUGAUGGACGAUCUCGUCUGCAUCGCAUCACCCACUCUACGGAACCUUGCACUCGUCCAACUCCGAGACCACCUCGCCUCCGCCAACCUCAGGAUCACAGCUCCCCUCCUUGUCCGCCUGCGCCUUGAACUCGCCUACGGCGGGCUGAACCGUCACUGCGUGGUCGCGGGAUUGGCCACCGGGGCGGAGCCGCUCGCGUUGGUCAGGGAGGCGUUGAUCCGGCUAACGGACACCAGCCACCAUUUGCAGCGGAGCGAGCGACGGCGGAAGAAGGGAAAGCUCGAGUUCUUGACGUCCAUGCGUGCAUUCCUGGCGCUCCUCCCAAACUCUGUCAAACUACAUCUGGCAGGAUUCACAACGACGGCGUUGCUAGAGGAGGAAUCCCAAGAGUUUCCAGUUCUCCAUCGCUUGAAGACCUUGAUCUUAGAACGAUGUGAUCUUGGAGUGGAGUUCCAGGCGCUACCGGGCAUCUUCCAGAACACAUCUGACUUGGAGAAGCUUGGGUUGCACCACUGCACGGUAUGAUUAACGUUCAUGGCACUUUCAUUAAUCGGUUCUUAGAAUUCAUUCUUUACUUUGGCUCUAACUAUGUACUCUCACAUGCACUGAGCAUUGUAUAUGAACCCCAGUUUUUAGGUCCUCCGGUCAAGAAGAGGGGGAAGAGAGACCAACGACCUACAAAAGAUUUCGCCGCAAAACCAUAUGUUUUCUGGUGCGAAAAGCUGAAAUCAAUA